UCUUACCUUUCUCCGUCCAAAUGAAUUAGAUGGAGGGCAAGUAAAACUGUCUCCAGAACAGAUACUACAUUUUUUUUUGUUUUCCGGUUGUGUGUACGGAACUGAAAGCGACUGUUUAGCGUCUGAAUGUGAGCAAUAUUCUGUGUCAUUGAAAGGGUCAUAGUCGAUCAUGAUGUCUGAGGGCAGUUCAUUUAUGAAAGGCAUUAUCCUAGGGGGCCUAUUCUGCCUUGUGAUCUCUUUCUUUGAGACCUUUAAUUCAGGAACCCACUCAGAAGGUCACGAGCAUCUCCACCAUCAUCUGAAACCUCUCAGCAAAGAUGAACUACAGAAGUUAUCAGAGUCUCAGAUGUCUGACUUGCCCCUCCAGGUCCGAGUGUACUGUCUCAUCAUGGUCACUCCAAAGCUACUGGUCCACUGGGCAACAGCCAAUGACACGUGGAGCAAACACUGCGACAAAUCUGUCUUCUACACGUCCGAAUCGUCCAAAGCUCUAGAGGCGGUUGACCUACAGGAGCAGGAUGAGUGGGCUAGGCUACGCAAAGCCAUCAAACAUGCCUAUGAGAAUGCUGGAGACCUGCGCUGGUUCUUCGUGGCCCGGCCUACUACAUUCGCAAUUAUAGAGAACCUCAAGUAUUUGGUGUUGGAUAAAGAUCCAAGCCAGCCGUUUUACAUUGGCCACACGGAAAAGUCUGGAGAGCUGGAUUACGUGGAGUAUGACAGCGGGAUCGUGCUGAGCUAUGAAGCAAUGAGGAGGCUGAUACAGAUGUUCAAAGAUGAGGACAGAUGCCCAGAGCGAGGACGUGCCUUGUGGAAGACACCUGAAGAAAAGCAGCUCGCCACCUGUCUGCAAUACAGCGGGGUGUUUGCUGAAAACGGAGAGGAUGCGCAAGGCAAAGGGCUUUUUAACAAGAAGAGCGUCAGCUCCUUGAUUUCUGACAGCAUGGGCCAAAACCCGGCCAAUGUCGUGGAGGCCUGUUGUCCUGACAUGGCCAUCACGUUCGCUGGCAUGUCUCCAAGCCAGAUGCAGGUUUUGAUGUACGGCGUCUACAGACUUCGGCCAUAUGGACACGAUUUUCAUGAUUCCUUGACAUUUCUGCCUCCUAAAAACUCUGAUAAUGACUGAUUGACCUCAUGGCUUCUGUAUUGGAACUGUUUCUGUCACUCACAGAAUGAGACAUUGAUCAUAACUGGGUGCAGGGCUGAAUCAUCUGUGAUGUGCAGUAUUUACUAGAUUUGUGAUUAUGCCUUCUGAAAGUUGGUGCUUGGAAGUUAUGGGUUAUGCUAUGCUUUUUGCUACAAGUGCAUUCUGGCAAAAGGAUAAUUGUUUGCAUAUAAGUGUUUCGUGAGUGGCCAGUAUUGGAUAAUUUUGUGCACUUGAUCGUAUUUUGAAUAAAAAUUAUACACUAGAUUUAUGAAUGCCACACAUAUGGGGUUAGGAAUGAAAAUUAAGAACCUUUUGAAUAUUUUUAAAGUGCUUUUUGGAUGUAUGUUGUAUAGAGGGGAAAGAAUAUUUUCAUGGCAUCUGUAUGGUAAACCUUCUAUAUCACACUUUAAAAUAUCAAACUAAUGUGGUUUGAAAGGUUAAUAUACUUGAGAUUGUAAAAUUACUUUUGGAUAGAGAAGUGUAUUUAUUUACGAAUCCAAAUAUUGUUCCUAUAAUUCAGAUGUACUUCAUUAUACACUGGUUUGUGAUUUUUUUUUAAAUUGUUCUUAACUACUUUUUAUUUAGUAAACAUCAGGAUGCUUGAUCUCACUUGCUUUGAGUAAUAAUAAAGGUUACAAAUAAAAGAAUGCUAUAUAUGAUACAGUGCAGUGAACAAAUCAAUAUGCAUUAAAUACUCUUUAAUUUCUAUGGAUACUUUAUUUUUUUCAACAGAUUGCAAUAAUUCUGAUAGGUUUGUUUAAUAAAUAA